CGCCAACCUCACCUUCACCACUUUUAACCACCUCCACCCCCUCACUACUCCGCACACACCCAGCAUCACGCGGCAAUGGCAGAGACAACUCCCCCCCGCACGCCAAUCAUCGGCAUCUCCCUCAAAAUGUACUUCUCCCCCUCCCGCACCGCGUCCUACAUCUCCUCCUUCGCACCCAUCGCCUCCGCCGCAUCCGCCCUCGGCGUCUCCACCUUCGUCAUCCCAGACUUCCUCUCCGCCGCCUCCUGCGCCCACACCCUCAACUCCGUCUCAACACCAAACCCGUCCGCCCCCACCGGCGUCGGCGCCCAGGACUGUUUCUGGGAAGAAGAAGGCGCGUUCACGGGCGAGAUCUCGCCGCGCCAUCUGGCUGAGCUCGGCAUCCGCUUCGUCGAACUAGGCCACGCCGAGCGCCGCCGUAUAUUCUCCGAGUCCGACGCCGACGUCGCGCGCAAGACCGCCGCGGCUGUGAAGAACAGCAUAAUCCCCGUCAUCUGCGUCGGCGAAGUCGACCGCGACGAAGACAAUAUCCCCUCUGCCGUCGCUUUCGUCGCAGACCAGAUCCGCGCCGCCGUCGCUGACAUCCCAACCGACGCGCAAAUCAUCCUCGCAUACGAACCCGUCUGGGCAAUCGGCCAGCCCGUGCCCGCUCCGACGUCCUACAUCAACGCCGUCUGCUCCGGUCUCAGAUCCGUGCUGGACGCCGAACUCGGCAGGAAGGAAUCCGCGAGGAUAAUUUAUGGCGGGUCGGCGGGGCCGGGGUUGUUUGCUGAGCUUGAUCCUGAGGCUGUUGAUGGGUUGUUUAUUGGGAGGUUUGGCCAUGAUGUGAAGAAUUUUGAGAUUAUGGUUAAAGAGAUCGCGGCGAAGAAGUACGCCUAACCUAUUCUUCUCUCUUAUCAUGUUAAAAAAAGAAAAAAGCAUUUUAUAGACUCUAUUGAUACAAAAUAUA